UCAGAAACAGUAUAUUGUUCUUGAAUUCUCGUUAAGAACAAACGAAAAAGUUGUGAAUUGUAUCACGAAUGAAAAAUCGUAGAAAUAAUAAAUAUAAAGAGAAUAUUCAAAUCUAAUGAAGAUGGCUUUGAAACAAUCUGAGAAUUUACUAUCCAAUGAUAUAAUUGAAUAUUCAGAGGAAAUAAUCGAAGAAUUAUUUGGCGCAAAACUUCCGGCCAAUUGGAAUGACUUGAAAAGAGAUGAAAAAAGUGAAUUAACAUAUCGAUGGGUACGUGAUGCAUUUCCAAAUGUACCCGAAUCACUAGUUCCAAUAACAGCCGGUUUGUCAGUUGACGGUGACUCUGGAAAUUCUAUGGAGGAAAAACCCGUAUGGUUAGAUCGCGAAAAACUUGCACGAGGUCAAAAAUUCGCUCAGGACAAUAUUUUUGGAAUAUAUUUUUCUGUACUUUUAACUCUGUUCGGAUCUGUUUCAUUUGAUGAAGGUCUUAAACCGAUAAUUGCUACUAGAAAAUCAUCAGAACCUUACACAGCGUUUAAAAGAUACCUGUCGACUAGUGUAAGGAUAAGAAAUUGGUACACUACUGAUCCUUGGACAAAAGGUACACCGGCAUAUAACGACAUGAAAGCAGUUCGACGAAUUCACACAAUCAUUCGUCAUAAAAUUAACGCAAUGUCUGAUGAAGAAAUGACGAAAGCUGCAACGAUUGAGAAUCCAUUAUCACCGACGAGGAAUAUUAUAUUACAAGAUUUUCGAUCGACAUGUCCUGUAACUUUACCUGGACAAUGCCCUUUUGCAGUUAAAUCUCAAGGGCCUGUAAAAUUAAAAAGGAUGCAUCAAUGUGAAAUGGCUGUCGUACAAGGGGGAUUUGUUUGUUUAGUCAUUCUUUAUCCUCAGGCUAUUGGUAUCCAUGGUGCUACUGAUGAACAACUUGAUGAUUUUUGUUAUGUUUGGAGAUGUAUUGGUUAUCUUUUGGGUAUUGAAGAUGAGUUCAAUUUUUGUCGGGGAUCAUUUGACGACAUCAAACAACGUUCUGUAGACUUUUUAAACCUCUGGAUUAAAGCUAAUUUCCGUGAUAUUACACCAGAAUUUGAGCAUAUGUUGAGAUGUUUGAUUGCUGGGUCAAGCUAUUACCUUGCCGAUAUUUCUUAUGAAGAAAGCCUGCUAUAUCUCACGGAAUUGAUGGAUCUGGAUAUGCCGCGGCUACGUUCUGCUCUUAGCAACGGAGAUUGGAUAAAACAUAAAUUUAUGAAGUUUAUGAUGCAAUAUGCGAUGCGAGUACCUCAAAUUAAAAUAUUUCUGAAUGCUCAAAUAAACAAAAGUAUGAACGAUGCUUUAAAGUUUACAGAUGUAGAGCACACGAAGUUACAGAAAAAAUCAUCUCAACUAUUAUUAUCCAAUACAUCUAAAAAUAAAUCUAGAAAUAUCUUUAAUCAUUACAAGAUUUUUGAAACUUCAUUAAUAGUUAUAUUACUUUCUUUUGUGUUCAAGUUUGUUCUGAACGAAGUAUGAAGUAAAUUGUAUGGGAAAUUAUUAAUAUUAGUUUAAACUCGUUGAUUGCCAUUACACAUUGUUUUUUUUUAACUAUUUAAAAACUUUAUUUUCAACUAAAUGAGAUUACUAACUAUAAUUUUAGUUUUACAAACAGUUAUUAAAAUUAAUUUAUUCUUUUAAUGUACGUAUAUAUACCAAAACUCGGUUUUAGAAAAUCGGACCGAAACCAAACUUUGUUGUUACGUACAACAAAGUUUUCGUCGGGAACUAAAAAACAAAAUAUCGAUUUUAUUUUAUACAGUCUAAUAUAUGGGGGAGGGAGGGACAAAACGGGCUACUUAAGAAAAUAGUAAGUUUUUGGGAACUCAAAUACGUUAAAUAAAUUUUUUUUUUUUUUUAAUAUUUGUAGCAAAUAGAAAAAAUUUUCAGCUGCCGUGAAAAAAAAUUAGUAUCAUUUGUGACGAUUUGAAUAAGUAUUCAAUCACUGUAAAUAAAUGAUUCGUGCAAACGUCAAUUUUUGUACAAAUGAAUCAUUAUAAAAUAAUUGAAACAGCAACUGAGUUGUAGUUCUUUUUUGCAUUUUUAUAGUUAAUAUAGUUAUGAGAUUGUUAUUUUAACUACGUGACGGUUGCGGUUGCAAUCAUUAUUUUACUUAUAAUAAUUGUAAUCAAACAAUUCAUAACGCUACGUUGUUUUGUUUCAUUAAUACCAAUUCGUUUAGUUAAAUUAACUAUAAAGUUAUAGUGAAAUAGAGCUUUAACUAACAAAUUUUAGUUUUAGCAAUUAACUCGAUAGUUAGAAUAACUAUUUAAUAUUAACUAUGAAUCAACACUUACGAUUGAAACAAUUUUCUAGUUACUUGAACUAACGAAAAAGUUGCUGUAAUUACUUAAAAUUCGUUUAAUUUUAACUACAUUUCAGUAGUUGCGAUAAAAAAAUUUAAUCACUAUCAAAUUUUAGUAAUACCAAUAAAUUUUAUUAUGUUUCAGCAAUUAAUGAAUAGUUAAUAUUACUAUCGAAAAUAGUAUUAGGAAUUAAUUUUAAAUAGUUGAAGCUUUUUAGUUAACACGACUAUCGACUUUUCUCUGAGUGUAUUAAAACAGUUACACAUUGUGAUUUUACAAAUAAUUUCCAAUUGAAUUGUUUUCGAAAAUUACAACAUUCGUUGUGUAAAAUUUACAAACCUUUUUUCAUUAUCUGUUUAGUAAGAUUAGUACUUUUGUAUUGCAAUUUUCCAAAACAAAAAUUGUAAAAAAUGUGUUGUAAAAUUACAACACUGGUUUUAUUUAAUCACAAAACUGCAUUGGCAAUUGACUUCCAACACAUUUCUUGUAUAAUUACCAUAGAAAUUUUUAUCAGUGUAUAAAUUAUAUGUUUUUGUGUUAAUGGUGUCGAUAUACAAAUCUAUCUUUUCUACAGUUAUAUAUUGUUGUUAUAAAUAAAUAACUGGCAAGGAUAAAUUAACGACUUAUUAUCAUAAAUUUUAUAAAUAAUUAACAAAGUUAUUUUUAAUCCUCAUUUUUAUUUGCAACUUUUUUAACGAGUAAUUAAAUUAAAUAUUAACUAAACUAAUUAGUGUCAUCGUUAUUUACAAAUUAUUUAGUUCAUAUCUUAGCAUUAAUUUUAAUAAACGAAAAUUUUUUAUAAAAAGACAAUUUGAUUAAAAUGUAAUAAUUCCUCAAUGCAAAAUAAUUGUAUAAAACAUGUGUGUAUAACCAAAAUAUUCGCAUGAUCAUAACAUUGGUCUACAAACCAAAAUUUUAAUUGACGCGCAUAUUUGAAGCUAAUAAAUAAAUAAAUAU